UACGUAUUAUCCUGCUAUAAAUGGCCCAGAUGUGUUUAGAACUUCGAAAGGUUAAAGCGCGCUAUCUUCCUGCCAUGACACAACUCUAGCAGAGUCAGUGGCCAUUUGGACCCACAGGAAUGUGUACUCCCUUUGGGGCCCCACCCCCUCCCCCUCCCCCUGUAGACGUCGGUCCAGUAACCCGCAUCAGUCUAAAGAAUAUUUCUGGGACAGUAUUAAUGGUGCCACAGGAGCCAACUAAUCACAGCAAAGAACACCUCAGGAAGAACAUCAAAACAACCAUAGAGAAGGAUAUUCCGAAUCUGUCUUCCAAAGUCAUUGUAUCUUCCAAUAGCACUGUCCACCCAAUACUUCAAGAUGGGCCAUGUUGCGGAGUUGUUGCCCUUGCCAUGGCUGCUCAAAUGUUGAAGAAAGAGAUGGCAGCCACACAUAUCUUAGAGACAAGUCAGAGGAGAGGCUUAUCGUUGCAGGGAGAACUCUUCUCAGCUUAUGAUAUGGCCACGUUAGCAGAGGAAAUUCUGGAUUGUACAGCCACUGUUUUAGAUAUGAGGGACUCAGGAUCCAGGGAAAGUCUACUGGGACAUCUAGCCAACAGUCACCCUGUCCUAGUGCCAUAUGAUGGAGACAAAAAUAAUGGACCUUGUUUGAAGAACGGCAAUAAAGCUCACUGGGCUGUACUCUCAGGGUUCCUUUUUUCACUGGAAAGAACUUUGCUGCCUGACAAUGUAGGAAUGACAGAAGACCCUGAGUUAUCUCCCUUAUAUGAAAUUCAGCUAGGGAAAGCCUUUGCACUCCAGAAUCUCCUUGUUUCAUCGCCAGAUGUUUUCGUGUUUGGCAUGCAGGGCAAGAGUCAGAACAUCGGCGUGUGGUCACUAGACAAAGUGCUGGAGAGUAAUGCGAAUUUACGGGAGGUGGAUCCAGACCGAGAAGCGGAGGUGGAUCAGUACAUUAUACCCCGGGAAGGGAUCCAAAGGGUGUUGUGCAAUAAAGUUGUGAUUUUAUGCAAUCAAUGUUCAAAUAGUCCUUAAAAGAGAGUACUUAUUUUUUUUUGUAUUACAAAUCCUAUUAUGUACAUAUGCCAAAAAAAUGUACUUAUUUUUGUUUUACAAAUCAUAUUUAGAUACAUGUAUUUGAUUUUUUUUUCAAGUUUGAUUAUUUUUUUUUAUGAGAGUUAAACAUGUACAUGCAUUUACAAUCCUUUGAUAGUCUGUAGUUUUGCCAGUAUUUUGCCAGUAGUUUUGCUUGUAUAUAAGUGUUAAAAAUAUAAACCAAUGCAAAAUAUUACAGCUGGAUACCUCAGUAAUUUUUCAGUAUUAGCAAUAGAAACUAAAGCUUUAUGGUUGUGCCUUCCUGAAAAAAAGUAAUGUCUACAUGUGAUAAUGAUUUUUCCACAUGAUCGAAUUGUGUGUGGUUGUGAUGAAGUUUAAAUCUUUCUUAAAUGAAUGUACUUCUUUUCUAUUUUGGCACAUUUGUCAUUUGAAUGCAUUUAAAUUUAAGUUAAUUGUUUUGUUCAUGUCUAAGUAAUUUACACGUGAUUGUUGUGUGUGAGUUUGUGAUGAAGUUUGAACGAUUCUUUAAAAAAAAAAAAAUGAACUGUAAAUCACUUAAAUUUUGCGACACCUUAUUUUUGCGAGAUAGGCAUUGAUUUCUGAUAAAUGAGAUAAAAUUUUCAAGAAUUGUGGUUAUUGCUCAAUAUAAUUUUAAGGAAUACAAUUAUGCGCGAGAAUUAAAAUUUUGCCCGAGCACACUGUCUCGCAUAGAUAUGCGAAAGUAAGUUCUCGCGAAUAAAAAGUGAUUUACAGUAUGCUUAUUCAAGUCAAUAUUUUUGUUUUGAAUGUGAUUGGUAUACAAAUAAAUGCAUUUACAAUUCUUGCAGGCCUGUAUAGGUACCAGGGAGACAGGGGUUAGGGGCAGUAAUUUUGCUAGUAUAUAAAAGUAUUACCAAAGCUACUUACAUUUAAUUACAUAUAGCUACCUCAAUAAUUUUCAUGAUCAGUAUUUACAAUAGAAAGCAAUUAAAGGUGAUGUUUUUAGCCCCUCCCCCAUUAAUCCAAUAAAAAAUGAAAAUGCUUCCUACAGUCCUGCUUUGACAAUCAUUCAACAAUGAUCUGUGACAAUAAUUUUUUGGAUUGUUUAUAAAUUAAUAAAGUUGACAUUUUUUUGCUUUCAAAA